CUCAUUUUAUAUCCCCUCCAACCAUGAAUCCUUCAAACUCUCCUCCCUCUCUCUUUUAGAUAUCUUCAAAUUUUCCCAUAUAAAUUCCUCUCUCAAUUCUUCCUUCCAUCAUCCUAAGUUGCCCACCAACCAUGAACUAUCAAUCUUCAUGUUCGUUGUUGUCGAAUUUUCGGGCAGGGUUUAUGUUUGUCCUUGUGGUGUUCUGUUUUUUGCAUGUUUCGUUUGCUGAAGACUUGUCGAAGUCGGUUGACAUCAGUUGGGGAGAUGGGCGAGGUCAGAUGCUGGACAAUGGUGAGCUUCUACUGCUCAGCCUCGACAAAAGCUCUGGCUCGGGGUUUCAAUCCAAGAACGAAUACUUAUUUGUAAAGCUCGACAUGCAAAUCAAACUUGUCUCUGGAAACUCUGCGGGUACCGUCACUGCAUUCUUUUUAUCUUCAAAAGGUGAUAGGCAUGAUGAGAUAGACUUUGAAUUCUUGGGAAACACAACUGGAAAUCCUUACAUCCUUCACACAAAUGUGUUUUGCCAAGGAGUUGGCAACAGAGAGAUGCAAUUCUACCUCUGGUUUGACCCAACUGCCGAUUUCCACACCUACACCAUUUUUUGGAAUCACCAACACAUUGUCUUCUACGUGGAUGGGAUUCCCAUAAGAAAGUUCAAGAACUUGGAAAGCAAAGGAGUGGCGUUCCCACAAUAUCAAGCAAUGAGGCUGUAUUCAAGCCUAUGGGAUGCUGAUAACUGGGCCACGAGAGGAGGUCUUGAGAAGACAGAUUGGAGCCAAGCCCCAUUCAAGGCUUACUACAGAAACUUCACUGAAGAUGGCUGCUUUUGGCUCAAUGGAAACUCCUCUUGUACUCCCAAUUCACAGUCAUGGCUGUGGGGAGAUUUUGGUCAGGAAUAUGCAAAGCAAGGACAAAUGAAAUGGGCACAAAAAAAUUUUAUGAUCUACAACUACUGCCAAGACACAAACAGGUUCCCACAAGGAUUGCCUCUUGAGUGCAACCUCAACAGCUCCUAGGGGAGCCUGUAAUAACAACCUUAAAAACACAAACAAAAUUAAGAAUGUCUCUCUAUAACUUUGUUUUUUUGUUUUACUUUACUUCAUUUGGCCGGUUUCAAGUUGUUUUGAUUUUCUCUUCUUUUUGAAUUUGGGGCAUGAAACAAAGUUUGUUCUUAAUAUAUACCUCUAUAAUGGUGGUUUAAUUUUCUUUUUGUAUCAGUUCAUGGAGUAGAAUCUUCAUUGAUGCGUUUUCAUA